AUGGAUCAACUUUGGCUUGUUUUACUGCUUCAGCUAUCAUUCAUGAAAACUAUUUCAAUUCGAACAAAAUGUCCGUUAUGCAUUCGUUAUAGACAUUUUGAGCAGAAGAUGAUUGAACAAUGUCCGUGUGUGAAGCCACCCGGUAGUAAUGAAUGUUUAUCAUAUGAUAAUCGUUUACAAGCAGCAAACAUUGACGAAGCGUUGCAUACAUUUCCGGAUCUAUCUAGUAUGACAGAAAAUGCAUUACCGCUAGUUUCGGAUGAGAGUAAAAUUAUGAUGAAAUCUGUUUUACAAUUUUCGCUUCCACAAAAAACGAUUUAUAAAACUCCGAAGAUGUAUAGAUGUGAUGGAAAAGAAUGUCAAGCAUGCAAACUUUUAGUCACCAAUGCAUUCCACCGAGCGAAUGAUAAUAAUUUCCAGGCAGAUAGCAGCGCUAUCACUCAAUUAUCAGUUGACAUCGAUGAAUCAUUGUGCAUGAAAAAUCGGUCUAUUUCAAGAAAUGCAGUAAAUGAUGGAAUUGAAAAUGCUACUGUAACUGAAGAAUUGCCAGCUCAUAUAGAAGAAUUCAUUAGCUUAUUAAAACCAAAAGUACGAAAACGAAGGAACUGGAAAGAAUCAAAGCAAAAAUUAUUGGGUUCAGCAAUAACGAUUAGUUGUAAUUAUAAAAAAGGUGAAGAAAUUGUACAAGGUUGGACCGGAUUGUGUAAUUUAUGUUGGCAAUGGAGAAAGCUACCGGCUAAUUAUUUUCCGGUUUUGCUUAAUGAAGUUUCAUGUGAUACCAGUGAUGUGGGAUGUCUUUCAGGUUUUGGUAAUUGUCGCCCAGUGAUGCGUACCAUAAAUGUUCUCCGUAAUGCGGGUACCCAAAAAUCUACCCGAUGGGUACAGGAAUCAAUCAAUACAAUAUCAGCCUGUGAAUGCCAGGUGGAAAUUGGAACUCCGUUACAUUCACUUGUUUUACGUUAA